AUGGUGACAAGAGGAAUAUGGAAUCUACAUUUUGGCGGUCGAUGGUAUCGGUUUCGCCUUUGUGAUUCAAAGUCCCGAGUCAGCCCCCCCGAUCACCCGCAAAUCCGGCAAAAAGUCCGUGAUCUGCGGGCCCUGCCUGACAAGCUCGAUGAGUGGGAACCAAUCCCGUUCCGCAGCCCCAUGCACUGGAAACUUAAUUACAUCUAUGCCGUUGAUCAAGACGCCGGUUAUCCUGUCAUAUCAUUCUGGAAGAUACAUAAAGGUUCGCAGAUACCUGUGUCAAUACAACUUAGCCUUGACACACUGUACGAUUCCAACGCUAUUGACACAAUGGGGUACAUAUCGGAUGUUGAAAAAGGUCCCCUUCCUAGACCUGGCGAGCUUGAAACCCCAUCAAGCACCAAGAAAAGUAAUACGAAUGACCUCAAUAUCAAGUCACGAAUCACGGGGGCGCUUAACAUAAACUUUGGUCCUCCUUCUCCUACGAAUGACUUACAAGCUCAAUUCUUCACCGACUUCGUGUUCAUUUGGCGCUCUUACAUCGACGAUCCCUUGGCUUGGAAAACCACCUGCCCAGUUUUCAAAGUAAUAAUGAUAGCCAUCUUGCGCCUUGCCGCCUGUGAUUUCGAGGUUUCGGAUGUUGACGAUGUUACAUCUGAACUGCCAAUUUCUUUUUCUUCUAUCCCUUCUUGGACUUAUCCCAAAUCGGACACGUUUUGGUUCCAUGGUUACCUUGUCAUCUUACAAGAAGAUAUCGUUUCCAACACGGCGAUAAUGCAAGCUAUGGUGAAAACCAAGUUGCAUACGGAAGGUUCCCAGCUUGAGCCCACGCGCUUGAUACUUCUUUCACCACAAUCCGUCGCAUUUGCCGAAUAUUCUCGAGAUUCAUUUCUGGUUUCAGGAGCUCUGACGCUGCUCUCCAAUCUAUCGGCAACUCAGUGUCCCCCUGGUUUCCAUAACUUGGCGCGAGUUUUCACAUCGGGAUGCUGGAGGAGCUUUACUUCAAAUGGAGAAAGGACUCUACUAUCGGAGUCCGACGUACCUAUAGAGAUUUUCCACAUGAUUUUCCAGGAGCUGGAACCGCGUGAUAUGAUAUCAUUUGCACAGGCUUCAUUUGCGGCUGAAAUAUGCUACUACACAUCAAUGGGCCAGUUCAAACACACCACGGUUGAAAAGUUUGAGUAUCUGAUUCCCUGCUGUGGCCAGCGUAUCGGGCUAGUGGAAAGUGGUGUAUGCUGCUCUAAUUGCUACCUGUGGCAGCAUAUGGAGUGUAUUGGCCUUGAAAAAUUUGUCGACAAUUUCGUUUGUACCCCUUGUCUCGAAAGCACAUCCCCUGGCCCGCUUGAACCGGGAGGAAUUCAGAGCUUCAAUCGCGGGAAAGCUAGGGGUGGAUGUCAAGUAACAUUCAUGGGUUCUCCUAAAUUGUUGCAGCUGCGAGUUACGAAACCUGCACACUUACGAGGAGAACUACGGCUGAUCGGUAACCUUUGGAAAGUUGCACCUGCUCAAGUAGACUAUUCAAUACUCUUUAACGGCACUUUCUCUGGACUGGCUUACGGCAUGGAAGAAAAGCGCAAAUCUGACCCUUCAAAUUUGUACUGA